AUGUUGAUAAAAUAUUGCUAUGGUUUCAGGGGAUUUUUAGAAAACCGGUACGAUUUAUUGAUUGAAUUAUUUUCCAACAGUUAUCAUUCUCAAAUGACCUACAUACAUAAAAUGAAAAUACGUAGUGAGCGUAAAAAAUCUGAAGUAAAUGACAAACAAUCACAGAAAAGUCAACAAACAGCGUAUAGUGAAACAAUUGCCGAUGAAAUGAAUAAUGAUAAUGAAUCGAAUUUUACUGUUAAACCGAAAAUGACUAUUGAUGAUUUACUACAAGACUCUGAUUCGGACUUUGAUGAUGAUAAUGAAAAUACAAAAUCGAUGCGUUCAACAGCAACAAAAGCAUCACGACGUCAUAAACAAUCAUCUUUAUGGAUUAAAGAAACAAAUGAGGAACCACUUGAUUUGAAUGAACCAAGUGCAGCACGACAAAUAUAUGCAACAAAGCCAUUAACAAAGAAAGAACAAGCAUCAGUAAAAAAAGAUAAACGGGAUACUUUUCGUACAGCACCAGAUGGAAGAAUUAUUAUCAUUGAUGAUGAGCAGGAUAAAAAAUCAAAAAAUAAGAAUGAUGAUGAAGACGAAGAAGAGAAAAACGAUGAUAUCAAAGACUUGAUGGAAACACUUUCACUUAGUCAACGAUUAAAAAGCAAGAAACGAAAACGUGGACUAGAUGAUGAUGAUUAUUUGGAUGAUAAUAAAGAAGAUACAAAAUCAAAACAAUCACAAUCAAGAUAUAAAGCUGGUGGUAGUGGUAUUCAUCGACCGCUGAAUCGAAAAAAAAUACCCGGUGAAAAUUACAAAGCCAAGAAAGGUAGUGGUGAUGUUAAACUGGCUAAUAAACACGAUCCAUAUGCCUAUAUCAAAUUAGAUUUUAAUGCAUUAAAUAAAAGGAAACGUUCACAAUACAAAGGUCAAUUUGAAAAUAUUGUUGGUGCAGCUAAACGUGGUGCAAAACGUGGUACUAAAUUAGGCAAAAAAGAACGAAAAUUGAAACGUUUAAAAUCGUAA